CCUAAGUUACAGAGCGUCGUCUUCGUCUUCGUCUUCGUCUUCUCCACCUUCCAAACCAACGGUCACAAGCUCCUUCUUCUUAUUCUUACGGUUUUGUUGCCCUUGUUUCUGCAGCUGCUGAGGGAAGAUGCAGAGCGAGGAAUCUCACGAGCUUGCGAAUGAAGUAUCCACCAAGGAGGAGAGUAAGGAAACAAUGAAGAAGAGUCAAAAGGCCGAUAGAAAGAAAAAGAAGCUGAAAGAGAAGCUGCUCAAGGAAGCUACUAAGGCUGUCAAUCGAGGAGUCUGCUACUUGAGCCGCAUCCCGCCGCACAUGGAUCACGUUAGACUUCGCCAGAUCCUCUCUCAGUUUGGUGAAAUUGAUAGGAUUUAUCUUGCACCUGAAGAUCCUGAAGCACAAGUUCACCGUAAGAAGGCUGGUGGAUUUCGUGGCCAACUGUUUUCUGAAGGGUUAAUAAUGGUUCAAUGUUCUAAUAUGGAUUGCUUAUUUUAUACUAUUGUUUACGAGAUGUUUAUUAACUUUUUUAGGUGGGUUGAGUUUGCUAAGAAAAGCAUUGCUAAGAGAGUCGCAGAUAUGCUUAAUGGAGAACAAAUAGGGGGAAAGAAGAAGUCAGCUAUAUACUAUGAUAUCUGGAACAUCAAGUACUUGACCAAAUUCAAAUGGGACGAUCUCACCGAUGAAAUUGCAUACAAAAGUGCAAUAAGGGAACAGAAACUGAAUAUGGUUAUGUCUGCUGCUAAGAGAGAGAAGGACUUUUAUCUCUCUAAAGUAGAGAAGUCUCGUGCCAUGACCGAGAUCGAUGAACGAAUGAAGAAGAAGCGAAAGAUUCAAGAAGAAUCAGGCAGCAACGCUGAACCAGCACAAGUCUUCCCGCCUAGGGUGGUUCGUCAGUUUAGACAGAAGACAGCAAUCAAAAAUGAGGUGUCUCAGAGCAAACCUGGACUCUCAACAGAUGUCCUAGCAUCGGUUUUCGGCGGUUCUUAAAGAUUAAGAAGAGGCAUGUGAAGAAACUAUGGUUUGAUUAAAAGCUUGAUCAUAUAUAUAUAUAUGUAUGGAUGGAAUUUACCUUUAAGUCAACAGAGAGAACCUUCACAUUCACUUCUCUAGCUUUUUGUUACUAAGAAUAUGAAUUAAACAAAUUUUGAUACUUUUAUUUUCUU